CCUUAACCACCAUGCCACCUGCCAGCCCCAAAGGUGUUUAUUCUCUUUACCAGAAUUUUAUAAGGGACAGAAGUUAGAACAGUUGAUGUUUUAGCCAACCUUGGCAUAGUCAUAGCAUGUCUUCUUACCAGUUAUAUCUAAAUUAGAGACAUAAAAGUGGGUUCUUGGGUGUUUAAAUUGGGAGAAAAGCAUGUUCAAUUGUAGAAUUUGUGCUAAUGAAAUGUAAAUGGUGAUAGUAUCAAAUAUCACUUUAAGUGACAUUUAACACCAUAGAAAAAAUGAAUGUUAGAAUUACUACUGUGUUUCUGAUCAUGACAACUUUAAUGAAAUUACUGCAUCUGUACUGAAUGGUGGCAACUAUCGUUACGUAUUUUCCAAUUCCUUGAGAACCUCUGUGGUUGUUAGGAUGUUGUCAUGGUUACAUUCUAUGUAGGAAUAGGAGAAGGGAGCUAUGGAAGUGGUAGCUCAGAAUGCCCAGGCUUGGAGUUGUGCUAUCCAGGAAGUCUAAAUGUGCUGAAGCCACACUUGACAUGGACCAGAAGACUCUGAAUAAACUGGUGGAAUCCAUCAGUAAGACUGUUAAGAGCUUCAAAAAAAGUGAAAUAGAAUGUCUCAUACAACUUUUUGACAGCUUGGUGGGAAAGACUGACAGAAGAUUUGGUAGCUGUGGGAUAGAUCGCAACACCUUUCGCAGGAUUCUGCACAGCAUAUUUGGAAUGACGAAUGAUAUGUUGAUGAAUCGGGUGUUUUUUGCAUUUGACGAAGACAAUGAUAACUACAUAAAUGUGAAAGAGUGGGUUAAAGGAUUAUCAGUGUUUCUUCGAGGGACUUUCGAAGAAAAGCUGAAGUUCUGUUCUGAAGUUUAUUAUUUGAAUGGAGAUGGUUACAUUUCCCGAGAGGAAAUAUUUGACAUGCUGAAGAACAGUCUAUCCCAACAGUCAUCAGAAGAAGAGACUGACGAAGGAGUAAACGAGCUGGUAGACAUAACUUUGAAGAAAAUGGAUUGCGACAACGAUGGCAAAGUAUCUUCUGCAGAUUUUACAAAAGCAGUGAGAGAAGACAGACUUCUGUUGGAGGUGUUUGGACCAUGUUUGCCAGAAGCAAAGAAUUGUCUUAAUUUCGAAGCCCUGGCAUUCAGAAACAUCAUGACUUCUAGGUUUUGA